UGUCGGGUGGCAGACGCGGGGCGCGGGGGGCGGCGGCGCGGGGCGGGGGGCACGGGGCAGGCGCCCGUCUAGACGCUACGUCACGCGGCCUCGCGAUACCGCGCCGGUAAACAACAAUGUGCACUGACCGAAUAUGGCACCCGGCACGCCGGAGCGGUCACCGGUCACCCUGCUCGGCCCACUGCCGACGCCGCUGCACAUCCCGUGCUGCCCAAUGCACCGCAUCGCCAUUAGAAUGCACGUGCUUGGUGACACACCCCGCGGCACACAUGUUCCCUCAUCUCUCUCCAAAGCACGUGAAAGCAUAUGGAAUUCAGUUAUGCGCAAAUCGAAAUCCGCUGCGAAGCUCUGGCCGCAGAGGUGGUAUUUUUAUAGCAAAAUUAGAGAAAUACAAGAAGAAGAAGCUGAGAAAGUCGGCAUGACUGUGGAAGAAUAUCGUGCGGCUCUGCAGUCACACAGCAGCCAACUUGAGCCCCAGCAGUACCCAGUGACCGUAGACCCGUCGCCAUCUCCUUUACCGCCUACCUCGGCAGCUAUGAUCGGGCGUCGCGCGCAGUGUCCUCUGGAGCGAUUCGGACGUCUGGUGAAAACCGACCGAGAUUAUCCGCUCCGCCCACCAUUAAGACCCGGACAAAUUUACGAUCCUUACAAGCAGACUGUUGUAUUCUUAGGGAGCGUGGAUGGUGACCCGAUAUCGUACAAGUUGCCGCCAUCCCGGUGUGAGAUGACAGACGAGAUGUGGGCGCGCCCGCAGCAGCUGACGGUGUCGCCGCUCGGGUGGGACAACUUGGAGCGAAUCAUGAAUGAGACUGAAUAACUUCCUUAUUUUAAUCACAACCACUUAGCUAUUUUUUGUGAAAAAGUUUUUAUACUAACAAUAACUUUUUACAAGCUUUUUUAUAAUUAAUAACUUCUAACCUCCCACAAACAUUUUUGUCCAAAAUUUUCGACGCUAAAAAAUUAGUGCACAUUUAAACCUUUAAGACACAACUUUGUAUACGAUACCUAUAGUUCAUAAUCUUCUUAACCUAUAUUCUUAUGUAAACUUUUUCAAGAACUCUUCCCAUUCAUUUAUACCAUACACCCUUCGAUUUAUAAUCGAAUAUUAUUA